AUGUUGAAAUAUCUGCCAAAAGUUUAUCAUCCAGAAAAAGAUCCAAAAUCAGUGACAGAAAAUCAAAGUAUAUUAGAUAAAUUUGUAAGUCAAAUAGAGAUUUCUUCUAAAGCAAGUAUAAUUGAAUAA